UUUGCCAAUCAAUAUGGUGGCUUCAGCCGGCAGGGGUUUCGUCUGCUUUGCCUUGAAAACAAAUAUUUUCAAAUCUUUAAGAUGGCGGAUCAGUCAUCGGGAUCUACUCCUGUCGACAAAGAAGACAAUUGGGGCUAUGAUUUGUAUCCCGAACGAAGAGGCGAAGCUGCACAGGCGAAAUGGUGGCAAGUUGCGCUAUUUGGAGCUGGACAGCUCAAAACAGAAAAAACUGCCUGCGAAAGGAAUGUUUAUAACUGCUUCCAAAACAGUCCUCUUGUGAAGCUUAUGUAUGACGCUUUAAAAGCAUCAGGAUGUGAAAUUGACCUGAGGAGACAUAUAGCCUGUGAAGUGUGUGACAUAAAAGUUUCUGGUGGCUAUGAUCCAAGGCUUAACCAAAUAGUAAUUUGCCAAAAUGUAGCUCGAUCUAAAGGGAUGGUUCAAGGAAUUUUGACUCAUGAAAUGAUCCACAUGUUUGAUGCCUGUCGACAUGAACUCAAUUUUAAAGAUCUAAACCAUUUAGCGUGCACAGAGAUCAGAGCAGCCAACCUUACACAUUGCAGUUUCGUUUCGGCUAUGACACAGGGAGAUGCUUCGUUUUUUCGAAUUCAGAAACAGCAUGCGGAAUGCGUUAAAACCAAAGCCUUGGGUUCGGUUUUGGCUGUCCGUCCGGAUGUCACGAAAGAAGAAGCCCUUGCCGUCAUCGAUAAAGUUUUCCUAAAAUGUUACAAUGAUCUAGAACCAAUUGGUCGUCGCGUCCGUCGUAACUCGGCAGACAUGAUUCGUGCAUAUAAAGAAAGAGGCAAUUAUGGUUAUGAAUAGCAGUACAAAUAGUUAAAUUGUAUAUCAUGAUGUACAUCACAUUGAAAUACAUUUUUUUUAGAGUUUA